UAAAUUUUCAUCCUUAUUUUUUCAAUGCACAAGUAAAAAAAAACAAAACCCUCUAACCCAUCUGCUUGUGGGUAAUGUAUUUGGAUUUCUAAUGAUGCCAUUGUUUAUUAGAAUCUGGCUUUUUAGGGAGCAAGUGGAUAAUCUCGAUUGGAAACCCUAGAUGGGACUGCAUUGUACAUUCAAUUUGACUUCAAUCAUAACAGACAGCUGUUCCAGCUCAAGAUCUGCUGCUUACAAGUUAUAAUUCACUAAACCUCAUGUGGGAAGGGAAACUACCGAAACCAAUAAAAUCUUUAUAUAGUCUUUGUGCACAUUUAAUUACCAUUUUUUUUUUUUGUUUCAAUUUGCUAGUUGUUACUAGUUAGCGUCCAUUCCUAGCCACCUUUUUAGGGUUUUAUUUUUGUUAUUGUUUUCUGAGAAUAAAAACCCGCAACGGCAUUCCCGCCAAUAACAGACUUGAAAACAAUGUCUUCACCCUCUAACUACUACUGUUCUUUGCUCAAGCUUUGCUGCGAAACUAGAAACCAAACGCAAGUGAAAAAAAUCCAUUGCCGUAUUGUCAAAACCCUAACUGACCCAGAAACAUUCCUGUUUAAUAAUCUUAUUAAUUCUUACAGCAAACUAGGUAACACAACUUAUGCACGCCAGUUGUUCGACAAUAUACCUCAACCAAACCUCUUUUCAUGGAACACCAUUCUCUCGGCUUAUUUAAAAUCUGGGAAGCUUUCAGAAAUGAGAAGUAUGUUUUAUACCAUGCCAUAUCGUGAUGGAGUUUCGUGGAAUUUACUUAUUUCAGGGUAUGCAAGUCAUGGUCUUGUUCAUGAAGCAGUUAAGGUCUAUAACUUGAUGUUGAAAGAUGGGCUUGAUAAUUUGAAUAGAAUUACAUUUUCAAUGAUGCUUAUACUGUCUUCGAGUAAAGGGUGUAUUGACCUGGGUAGACAAAUUCAUGGACAGAUUGUGAAACUUGGGUUUGAGUCAUAUGUUUUUGUUGGUAGUCCUUUGGUGGAUAUGUAUGCAAAAUUGGGGUUGGUUUAUGAUGCCAAACGGGUUUUUGAUGGGAUGACUGAGAGGAAUGUGGUUAUGCAUAAUACAAUGAUUACGGGGCUUUUGAGAUGUGGGUUGGUUGAGGAAUCAAAGAGGCUGUUUUGUUGUAUGGCCGAGAAAGACUCAAUUUCAUGGACAACAAUGAUUACAGGACUCAUCCAAAAUGGUUUGGAGAGAGAAGCUAUUGAUUUAUUUAAAGAGAUGAGAUCAGAAGGUUUGGCUAUGGAUCAGUUUACCUUUGGAAGUAUACUGACGGCAUGUGGAGGACUAUUGGCUUUGGAAGAAGGGAAGCAGAUUCAUGCUUAUAUAAUCAGGACUGAUUACAUGGAUAAUGUAUUUGUGGGAAGUGCUCUUGUUGACAUGUAUUGUAAGUGCAAGAACAUAAAAUCUGCAGCAUCUGUCUUCAAGAGAAUGGCUAGGAAAAAUGUUGUAUCUUGGACCGCAAUGCUGGUGGGAUAUGGACAGAAUGGGUACAGUGAAGAAGCUGUUAGGAUAUUUUGUGAAAUGCAGAGAAAUGGGAUUGAGCCAGAUGAUUUUACUCUUGGAAGUGUAAUAAGCUCUUGCGCCAAUCUGGCUAGCUUGGAAGAGGGUGCCCAGUUUCAUGGCAGAGCUCUGGUGUCUGGUUUGAUUUCCUUUGUGACAGUUUCCAAUGCACUUGUAACUUUGUAUGGUAAAUGUGGAAGUAUAGAAGAUUCUCAUCAGCUAUUCAACGAGAUGAAUACCAGGGAUGAAGUGUCUUGGACAGCAUUGGUUUCAGGGUAUGCGCAGUAUGGAAAGGCUGAUGAGACAAUUGAUUUGUUUGAAAAAAUGCUGGCCCACGGUUUCAAACCUGAUGGAGUUACUUUCAUUGGCGUUCUUUCAGCUUGCAGUAGAGCAGGACUGGUGGAGAAAGGACAUAGAUAUUUUGAUUCAAUGGUAGUAGAACAUGGAAUUACACCUAUUCAUGAUCACUACACUUGCAUGAUUGACCUUCUCAGCCGAGCUGGUAGGUUAGAAGAAGCAAAAAGUUUCAUUGAUAAAAUGCCUUUCCAUCCUGACACAAUUGGUUGGGCCACCUUACUUAGCUCAUGUAGAAUUCAUGGUAAUGUGGAAAUUGGGAAAUGGGCAGCAGAUUCUCUUCGGGAAUUGGAGCCUCAGAAUCCUGCAAGCUAUAUUUUGUUAUCAAGCAUCUAUGCUUCCAAAGGUAAAUGGGACCAUGUGUCCCAGAUGAGGAGAACAAUGAGAGAUAAGGGAGUGAGGAAGGAACCAGGAUGCAGUUGGAUCAAAUAUAAGAACAGAGUACAUAUUUUUUCAGCCCAUGAUCAAUCAAAUCCAUUUUCUAAUGAGAUAUUUGCUGAGCUGGAGAAACUAAACCACAAGAUGAUACAGGAGGGGUAUGUGCCAGAUAUGAGUUCUGUUCUACAUGACGUUGAGGAUUCAUUGAAAGUAAAGAUGCUUAACUAUCAUAGUGAGAGGCUUGCAAUUGCAUUUGGAUUGUUAUUUAUUCCAGUUGGCCUUCCUAUACGAGUGGUUAAAAAUCUUAGGGUUUGUGGGGAUUGCCACAAUGCCACCAAAUAUAUCUCUAAGAUUACCCGGAGAGAGAUACUGGUAAGAGAUGCUGUCAGGUUUCAUUUGUUUAAAGGUGGAAACUGUUCAUGUGGAGAUUUUUGGUGAAGAGGUUGUAUUAGAGCCAUAACUGUCGUGAAGUUAUAGAAAUGGACUAUGUGGUGAACAACCAAAUCCAAAAUUUUCAUAGCAUUCAAGAAGAGAUGAUCCAACUCCUCAUAAGCAUCAUCAGAGUACUCUAUGGCUGUGUAUUCCAUAAGAACAUCUUUGUAAGAUCAUGAAUAUGUUACAGCUUCUGAUAUCAAGCAUCCUGGUGGUGAAAAUUGCUGUGAUGUAAGAAGGAAGAUACAAGUGAUGUUGUUUGCACAAAAGCUGAGUCAAUGAUUUCUUUAUUAACUUGUGGAUGCAUAGUGCAAAGUGGUUCAGGAACUCGUCGGAUUAUGCUUUGAUAGGGUUUUGAGAUGUAAAUUACACAAUCAAAAAGGUGCUUAUCAUGCAUUACAAACUUCAUGUAGCUGCACCUGCCGGAGCAUUGGAAAAAAGAUAAUUCUUCUCAGUUCUCCCAGUUGAUGUAUAUCUACACCAAAUAUAAUUAUGGUGACUAAUUUAACGUACCUGGUCAGUCAAGCUCAUAUAAAACUUAUAAGCACCUUGGUUCCCCUUAAGUAUAUCACCUAGUUUGUUACCGAGUUCCUUAUAGAUUGAUGGACUCCUCCUUUUGGUUUCACAAGUAUACUAUUAGAUGAUGAACGCUUUGUUAUUUUAAUUUUUAUUUUGUUACUACUUUGGCCAUUUCAAGUGUUUCCACUUGUUGUAAUGCACCUCAGUUCCAGUUCCAUUUUGAUAUAUUUAAAAUUUUGAAAGA